CCAAAUAAAGGGAGGGAGAAAAAGUUGUGUCAAGUUUUGAGACAUUGAGGUGGAAACUUGCUGCGUUCAGACCGACGGUGAACAGCACCACCACCUCCACCACCACCUCCGCUACCAGCAGCAACAGGAGCUCGGACGGGGAAGAUGGCGCGACGCUACGGCUGUGCCACGUCUCGGUUUAGUAUAUAUACCCGAGAAAUAGCAACAUUUGCAGUCUGGUUAUGUUUUUGUCUGCUUUUUGCCUCCACUGCGGAGGCCGGACUGUACACCUCUUCUGACCAGAUCAUCAUGUUAACUCCGCAAAGCGUAGAGUCGGUUUUGGUCAACUCUUCGGCGGCGAUAGUUGUGGAGUUUUACGCUUCGUGGUGCGGACAUUGCAUCGCCUUCUCUCCGAUUUACAAAAGUCUGGCAAGAGACAUGAAAGAGUGGAAGCCAGCAGUGGACCUGGCAGCAAUAGACUGCGCUGCCGCUGAGAACAGGGUGGUCUGCACCAGCUACAGCAUCACAGGGUAUCCCACAUUAAAGUUUUUCCAUGCCUACUCCAAGGCUGAUUCUGCAGGACGGACUUUGAGAGAUUUUCCCCGUGACGUUCGAGGUCUCCGUCACAAGAUCAUAGACAAACUAGAAACCCAUCAGGAGCCCUGGCCCCCUGCCUGCCCCCCACUGGAGCCUGCCAGCCAAGCAGAAAUUGACAGCUUCUUUGAGACAAACAAUGUUCGCCACCUGGCCCUGAUCUUUGAGGAAGCUAAAUCCUACAUCGGCCGAGAGACAACCCUGGACCUUUUACAGUUUGAGAACAUUGCAGUAAGAAGGGUCCUGAACACUGAGGAAGGUCUGGUGACCAAACUGGGAGUGACGGAAUUCCCAUCCUGCUACCUUUAUUACCCCGGAGGCAGCUUCACCAGACUCAAAGUCAAGACAGAGGCGCGUGCUUUCUACUCCUAUGCCCUCCAAAGGCUGCCGGGGGUGGUGCGAUCAGGAAAGCCUCCACCGGACAACAUGGAUGUCAUCACCAACAGCACAGAGGACCCCUGGAGACCCUUCAACAGGUCCAGGGUGUACAUGGCGGACCUGGAGUCAACGCUGCACUACUCCCUACGUGUGGAGGUGGCUACUCACACUGUCCUCAAAGGCGAAGUCCUGAUUUCACUCAAGAAGUACAUAGCUGUCCUGGCUAAGUACUUUCCAGGCCGUCCUAUGGUGAUCAACUUGUUGAAGUCUGUAAACUCUUGGCUGCAGAACCAGACAACAAAUGAGAUUUCCUACGAGGCGUUUAAAGAGAUACUGGAUAACUCAGCACAGUCUCCAGACUCUGCUUUGCCUGAAGGAGUGAAGUGGGUGGGCUGUCAGGGAACAAAACCCUACCUCAGACGUUACCCUUGUGGGGUGUGGACUCUCUUCCAUGUUCUCACUGUCCAGGCCAAGAAUGCUGGAGGCUCAGAUCCUCAGGAGGUGCUGGGCGCGAUGAGACACUACAUCCACAGCUUCUUCGGCUGCAGGUCAUGUGCUGAGCACUUUGAGAACAUGGCGAGUGAAAGUAUGGUGGAGGUGAGCACAUUGUCAGCAGCUGUCCUGUGGCUGUGGUCCAGACACAAUCGUGUCAACAACAGACUUGCAGGUGAUUUGAGUGAAGACCCAAAGUUCCCAAAGGUGCAGUGGCCUUUACCAGAAAUGUGUUCAGCCUGCCAUACGGUGAAGGACAACGGGGAUCACAAGUGGGACCACACCCAGGUUCUCUCUUUCCUCCUGUCUUACUAUUCCUCCGACAACAUCCUCACAGACUACCUUGACAAUGAAACCCUGAUCCUGGUAAAACAGAGGGAAAAACACACCAGGCGGCAGCAAGCUUUAGAAGCUCAGAAACAUUUAGAAAGGAGAGUCAGAGAGGCUGCAGACUUCAUGAUGCAUCCUCCACCAUCGCAACCGACUACGCAAGAGGAGGAGGAAGAGGAGGAAGAGGGAGAGGAGCCACAGGAUGAAACAGUGGCAGAUGAGGAGGAGGAAGGUGUGGAGGGAGCAGCAGCAGUGGCGGCAGCAGCAGCUGAGAUGGGUGGUGAGGCAUCUGAGCCGAGUUCCUGGGCCAAACGUGACAUGGGGGUCGGUCGAAGCCAGCGGCAGGCUCGCAGACGGCCGAGCAUCGUGGGCAUGAGGAUGCGAGAUGCGCAGGAGGACAUUGUGGAUCUCGACUCAUUUGUCAACCAGCACUACAAAGCCAAGGCGCUGCAGUUGGCCGCCUCCAGCCGGAUCAAACAACGCACCCUGCAGAGGAAGGAGGAGCAGGAGCCUGGGCCCAUGUUCGGGCUCGGCAUGGAGCUGGAUGCGGGGCUCGGGAUGGUGGGCCUGCAGCCCAUGGAAGCAGACUUUGAGCUGGGCCCGGGGCGCCAGAGGAAGCGGCUGCAAAAGCGAGAACUGACAGGCCAGUAUUUUGGUGAGGAGUCGAGCCACAGAGGAGGCUGGGUGUCCAUGUUGAGCAUUGGAUUCUCCAAAGUGGACAUCAGCCUGUGUGUCAUUCUUUAUUUCCUGUCCUCCAUGUGUCUCCUCACCAUGUACCUGUUCUUCAAAAACCGCCUCAGGCUACGGGCGGCUAAAAUAUCCCUCCCCUGAACCAAAGAGUAUCCAAACUUGACCUGAGUUAGAGCAAUGAUUAACAUUCAUUAGGUUCAUCUGGGCUGAGGUAGGGGUUAGCAUAAGGGGAUGUGUCAAGAUUAGCGCCAUCUUAGGUGGUUCACUUAAUUGUUACCUACAGUGAAAGUAGGGGAUAGAUUGUUCUAUUCCAAAUUCUGUGGAUGUGUUACGUCUAACUGGAGAGGAGGAGAAGGGAAAAUUAGCGGAUUACCGUCGAAAUCUUUGAAAAUCAGGGCAGUUAUGUAACCAUGUACUUAAUCUGGCCUCCAGAGCUUUUCCGGCAACACCUCAACUGUGGAAAGUCUGUUCAUAAAGACAUAUUUCUGUUUGGGGUCUGUGCUUCAGUUAAGGAUAAACAAUUGUUUUUGACUCUGACCACUGAUGAAGGAUGAAAUUAAACACAGUAUGAGAUUGAGUUUUUUGUUUGUUUUAAACUAAUGCAACUAAUUGAUUGGUUUUCUUUGUUUUGUUUUUUGUUUUUUUGGUGGGGGGGGUUAUACUAAGGAAUCUAAGGAAUUUAUUUUUGUUGCGAAGUUGUGAAGCCCUCCUACACUACUUCCCUGUGAACUAUGACCAAAAAAAAUGUAGUUUAAUUUGUAUAUAUUUACAUGUAAAUACUAUUUGAAUGAAAUGAACUACAUACUCAAAUACGUGAUUCUUACGUGAUUUCAAAAACAGUUUUUGAAGAGUUCUGAGCAGUUUUUCCCUCCAAUCUGUCCCUGGGAUUUUUUUUUCUUUUUCUUUUUUGUGCAUAUAUGUGUGAUUUGUCAAAAACUGCAAAGGCAAAAGAAGACAGUCCAAGUCCCUAAAGUUUUUGUGAGUCCUUUAAAAACUGUUGUGAGACUGCAGCUUAUUGUUGAAUACUGUGACUGGACCACCAGGUCCACUGUAAUUUUCUCGAGAGAAGAGCCGAUCAGCCCUUUUGUUCCUCAACUCUUUUGAGUCGGCCUACAUUAACACUGAGUGUCAUGUCACGUCUCUGAAUAUUACAUCACACUGCUGAGCCCACAAAAACAGCCACUCCGGUUGUUGUUUAUUUGAAGUGUUGUGGAGCAUCGCAUAUGUUCACACUGGACGAGGUUUUGGAAUAAGCAGGAUUUGGUUUUGGCUGAUGUCUACCAUGUAAAGCUUCUGCUGGUCAUCUCAAAAACACUGUUUUUCUGUUGGCUUCUUUGCUUCUGUCUGAAAUCAAUAAAAUUAUUUUUGAUAAGGA